AUGGAUACAUACAAAACAUUUUUAGUAGAUUUUUUAGCUGGUGGAAUAUCUGCAGCUGUUUCAAAAACUGCAGUUGCACCAUUAGAAAGAGUAAAGUUAUUACUUCAAGUUCAACAUACUUCAAAACAAAUAAGCCCAGAAGAUCGGUACAAGGGCAUGAUGGAUGCAUUUGUACGCAUACCAAAGGAAACUGGCAUUCUUAGUUUUUGGAGAGGGAAUCUAGCUAAUGUAAUUCGAUACUUUCCAACUCAAGCUUUAAAUUUUGCAUUUAAAGACAAAUUCAAAACCUUGUUUUUGGAAGGUGUUCCAAAAGAGGCAUUUUGGAAACAAUUUGCUGGAAAUUUGGCUUCUGGUGGGGCUGCUGGAGCAACCUCUCUUUUAUUUGUCUAUCCACUUGAUUUUGCUCGGACAAGAUUAGCUGCAGAUAUUGGAAAAGCGGAUCAAAGAGAGUUCAAAGGUUUGGCAGAUUGUAUAGUAAAAAUUUUCAAGACAGAUGGUCUUUUUGGUUUAUAUCGAGGUUUCAAUGUGAGUGUUCAAGGGAUUAUUAUUUACAGAGCAGCAUAUUUUGGUUUUUAUGACACCAUGAAAAGCAUGCUUCCUGAUCCAAAAAACACCCCUAUACAUAUUACAUUUAUAAUUGCACAAGCUGUAACCACUACAGCUGGAGUUAUAUCAUAUCCUUUUGAUACAGUUAGAAGACGAAUGAUGAUGCAAUCAGGGCUUAGCAAAGCAGAUAUCAUGUAUAAAAAUACAUUGGAUUGUUGGAUUAAAACAGCUAAAGCAGAAGGUGUUGGAGCCUUUUUUAAAGGUUCACUUUCAAAUAUUCUUAGAGGUACUGGUGGAGCAUUAGUUUUAACAUUAUAUGAUUCAAUUAAAGAGAUAAUUGAAGAAGUGUUACAAGAUAAAGACUCAUCUACAGUACCUAAGUAA